CGUGACCCGGAAGUACUUAUUUUUUUCUAGCCUGCUUCACAGCGGUCUGAAUAACAAUAAUAACCAUUCGAAGGAAACGACAGAGAAAGACAGCUGGGGCCAUGGAGUCCUCUGAUGAAGAGGCGCUGCGCACCUUCGUCCAGGUGGUCAGUGAGAAGUACAACCCAGAGAAUUUCCCAUACUGCCGUGGGAACGGCAUGGGCGUCGUAGUGCUUUCCAGUCCACAGGGGUCGCCCAUUAAAGAUCGUCUGAAUCUGCCGAGUGUGCUGGUCCUGGACGGCUGUGGCAUCAGUAAAGCUGGGGACGAAGCUGAGGUGGCCACCUUUUGUGCCCAUGUGGUGGAGCUGGACCUGUCCCACAACCAGCUACAAGACUGGGGGGAGAUCUGCACGAUUGUGUCUAACAUCCCCAAACUGGACUUCCUUAACCUGAGUAUGAACCCUCUGAGUGGGAUUGAGCUGGAGCCAGGCCUGGCUGAGGUGUUCUUCCGGGUCCGCCGCCUGGUUCUCAUCAACACGCGUGUCACUUGGGACACGGUACACACACUCACACGCCAGACCCCUGAGUUAGAGGAGCUCUUCCUUUGUCUGAACGAGUACGACCAAGUAGCCGAAUCCCCGGUUCCCUGCCCCUCCCUGCGCCUGCUUCAGAUCACAGACAACCAGCUACAGGAGUGGGACGAGGUGCGUAAGUUUGGGCCCAUGUACCCGGGCCUGCAAAACCUGGUGUUGUCCAACAACAAACUGGGCUCUGUGGAGGAGGACACACCCCAGGACACACUGCAGUGCCUGUUUCCUAACCUGCGCAGCAUCAACCUCAACAACUCAGGGCUGAAACGAUGGGAGGACAUAGAAAGGCUGAAUUUCUUCCCUAAGCUGGAGGAGGUGAGGCUGAUGGGGCUUCCUUUACUGCAGCCCUACACAAACAAAGAGAGACGCAGCCUCACCGUGGCACAGUUGCCGUCUGUAUCUGUGUUGAACGGGAGCGUGGUGACGGAAGGGGAGAGGGAAGAUGCUGAGAGGUUCUUCAUCAGACACUACCUGGACUUUCCUGAAGAGACGCUGCCUCAUAGGCACAGCUGUAGUUCAUUCUUGAGGCCCUGGGUUUCAACAGCCCUUUGUCUUACCCUUCAUUCAGCUCUUUCUCAGGAGAUCAUGUACCCCUAUGGGCCUACCUGCCGAGAUCUGGAGACACCCAAGAUGGAUGAUGGGAGUUCCACUGAAAUAAUUAUACUCAUGCCAUUCAUUUAUUUCAAUAACCCCUACCGCUCCAUCUAUGUCAACAACAACGGUGUGAUCUCCUUCGAAGUACAGGUGAGCCAGUUCACCCCCGAGGCCUUCCCCCUGGGUGACAGCAGAUCCUUCAUUGCCCCACUAUGGGCAGACGUGCACAACGGCAUCCGCGGAGACGUGUACUACCGUGAGAGCACAGACCCAGAGUUACUGGAGCGGGCCACACAAGACAUCCGCAAGUACUUUAAGAACAUGCCCACCUUCACAGCCACCUGGAUCUUCAUCACAACCUGGCACCAGGUCACCUUCUACGGAGGCAGUCAGACCACCCCGGUGAACACAUUUCAGGUUGUGUUGAUAUCGGACGGUCUGUCAUGCUUUUCCAUGUUCAACUAUGGAGAGAUCAACUGGAGCACAGGCACAGCCAGUGGAGGAGACCCUUUGACUGGUUUGGGUGGUAGCACAGCACAGUCAGGUUUUAAUGGAGGAGAAAUCGGUAACUUCCUCAACCUGCCUGGGUCCCGUUCCAAUGCCGUGGUUGAAAUCGAGAGGACGACCAAUGUAAACCUGCCUGGCCGCUGGGUCUUCCGUGUAGACACUGUCCUGAUAGACCCUGCCAAUGGCUGCAGUUACAAUGGGCGGUUCUAUCGGCGCGGUGAGAUCUUCUGGCUGUCCGACCAGUGCUCCCAGCGGUGCCGCUGCCUGGACAUGGACAAUGAGGUGCUCUGCCGGGAGGCGCCGUGCAGCCAGCUAGAAACGUGUGAGCAGAAGGAGGGUGCCUUCUACUGCCAGUCUACGCGCACCAGCACCUGUGUGGUUUUCGGCGACCCUCACUACCACACCUUUGAUGGCUUCCUCUACCACUUCCAGGGCACCUGCUCCUACCUGUUAGCUCGGCCCUGCUGGGAGGUGGCAGGCCUGCCCUUCUUCAGCGUGGAGGCCAAGAAUGAGAACCGCGGCGUGGCCUCUGUGUCCUGGCUGAGAGAUGUCACUGUGGAGGUGUACGACCACAGAGUCACCCUGCCUAAGGGCAGCCAGGGCACAAUACAGGUGGAUGGACUGAUGAAGACACUGCCAGUCCAACUCCAGCUAGGUGCAGUCAGGGUGUACCAGUCGGGCAUGGCCGUCGCCUUGGAGACCGACUUCGGCCUCCUGGUGACCUACGAUGGGCAGCACUACGCCUCCAUUUCCCUGCCCAGCUCCUACUUCAACAACACAUGCGGCCUGUGCGGUAACUAUAACGACGACCCUGCCGAUGACCCUGUGCUGCCCGACGGCUCGCUGGCCGAGAGCGUAGUGGCGCUGGGUGGCAGCUGGCGGGCAGAGGACGCUGACUGGCGCUGCACAGACGGCUGUGCCCAGAACUGUAGUGUCUGUGAACCAUUGACCGAGGCGUUCUACUUCCGCCCGGACUACUGUGGAAUCAUCAACAAGACGGACGGGCCUUUCAGGGACUGCAGGGCAGUGGUGGACCCAACGGCCUUUGUCUAUAGUUGUGUCUACGACAUGUGCAGCAACAGGGACAACAUUACCACCCUCUGUCAGGCCAUCCAGGCCUACGCCUUAGCCUGCCAAGCCCUGGGGGUCACCAUACGAACCUGGAGGUCACACACCUUCUGUGCCCUGAAAUGCCCUGAGUCCAGCCACUACCAGGUGUGCACCAGUGCCUGCGCCGCCUCAUGCUCGGACCUCACCUCCCACCUGUACUGCACCCACCCUUGCACAGAGGGCUGCCAGUGCGAUCCGGGAUACGUGCUGAGUGGCAACCGUUGCGUCCGGCACCAGGACUGCGGCUGCGAGCGUGAAGGCCUCUACUACCCUCUCAACGACACUUUCUGGGCGGGCCCUGCCGGCGAGGGUGGAGAGUGCUCCCUGCGCUGCGUCUGUCGGCCCAACGGCGAAGUCUCCUGCUUCAACGAUUCAUGUAGAGAAGGCGAGGUGUGUGUGACAGAGUUCGGCCUGUUGGGCUGUUACCCGCGCAGGGAGGGGUUGUGUUCUCUGGACCAGAAUGUUGUGACGGCCUCUUUCGACGGGACUUCCAUGCCCUUCCCGGACGACAGCUCCUACUACCUGCUGAGGUCGUGUGGGCCAACGCCGGCCAACGUGUCUGCUGUGGAAGUAAAGAUGGGCCGGCGGCUGGUAAACAAGGGUCCGUACUGGAUGCGGCCCGUGGUGGUCAGGGUGGCCAACCUGGAGGCCCAAAUGGGUGGAUCGGACUUUGACACAGUGAAGCUGAAUGGUGAGCUGGUACUACUGCCUUAUGUCCACCCACUGGAGACCCUUAUGAUCUACCGCACCCCUGGCAACGCUACCGUGGUGGAAUCCAGCGGAUUGGUCCUAGUCCGCUACACCCGUCAGGGCCUUCUCAACAUCUCUCUCUCUACCCUCUUUUACAACGCCACCUGCGGCCUGUGCGGUCUCUUCAACGGAAACGCCAGCGACGAUCUCCGUCUGCCUAACGGCCGGCUGGCCGAAUCCCUCGAACUCUUCACUGACAGCUGGCGGGCUAUCGCCGACGACCUGACGUGCAAUGGUGAUUGCGACGACCUGUACCGCAUGUGCACGGACCUGCGGCUCUACCAGAGCCCGUGGAUGUGUGGCAACAUCAAUGACCCGGGGAACAGCUCCUUCCUGGCGUGCCACGGUGCCGUCAACCCCUCGCCGUUCUUCCGGAACUGCCUGUACAACAUGUGCGUGCGGGAGGGAAACCGCUCAGUGCUCUGCUCUUCGCUGCAGGCAUAUGCCUCGGCCUGUCAGGAUGCCCAGGUGGGCCUUGCUGCCUGGAGGAGUGCUACCAAUUGCCCCUUGCCCUGUCCGGAGAACAGUUACUUCGACGAGUGCACCAGCGCUUGCCCGCUGACCUGCGCCGGCCUAGAUGAGCCCGCCAAGCUGUGCCCACUGCCCUGUCAGGAGGGCUGCCAGUGCAGGGAGGGCUUUGCACUCCGCAACGGCCAGUGCGUGGUGCGCAGUGACUGCGGCUGCAUCAGCUCUGGGGGCCGGCAGUUGGCCAGCAACCAGAUCUUCUGGAAUGACCGGGAGUGCCAGGAGCGCUGCUACUGCAACGGCUCGGACAACAGCGUCUACUGCAUGCUGGCACCCUGCCGGGAGGGUGAGUACUGCCAGGAGGGCCUUGAGGGCCUCUACUUCUGCCAGCCGCGCACUGAAGCGCUGUGCGUUGCUGCUGGUUACAGCCACUUCCUGCCAUUCGGAGGUGUGCCCUUCGAGCUGCAGAGUAGCUGUACCUUGAUCCUGGCUACAACGAGGACGAGCACCAGCGCCGACCUCCCUCGCUUCAAGCUGUCAGCCCGGAACGAGGAGAGGGACACGGGGCAGGCCAUCUGGGUGAGGGGGUUCAUCUUGGAAGUCUACGGCUAUGAGAUUGAGGUGUCUCGGAGCUACAAACACACCAUCACGGUGAAUAAGGAACGUCUGUACCUGCCUUUGAAGCUGGGGCCGGGGAAGGUCCACAUCUUCACUUUCGGCAUGCAGCUGGUGGUAGAGACGGACUUUGGCCUGAAGGUUGCCUUCGACUGGAACACCCUGCUCCUGCUCACGCUGCCUCGACGCCUCCUCAACACCACCUGCGGCUUGUGCCAGGGCAUGCCACUUUCUUCUCCACCCGCACUCACCACCAGCAACUGGGGAAUGGCCUGGGCUGAGCAAGACACAUUCUGCCAGGUGGGCUGCGGCGACUCGUGCCCACGUUGUGGGCUGGUCGAGAGAGGCCUUGGUGCAGUGCGUCUGUGCGGGUUGAUCGUGGACCGCAGCGGUGUGUUUGUGCACUGCCACAGCAAGGUGGCGCCGGCGUUCUUCUACCAGAGCUGCCUGCAGGACACAUGCCUGGACCAGGGUGCCUCGGGGACCACUUGCAACUGGCUGCAGAUCUACACCAGCACAUGCCAGACCCAGGGGGUGCGUGUGUUAGACUGGAGGAGUGACACACCCUGUGCGUUGACGUGCCCAGCCAACAGCCACUACUCUAGCUGCAUGUCAGUAUGCCAACCGCAGUGCGCCCCAGCCCGCGGUCAGAGGGAGUGCACCCAAGACUGUGUGGAGGGCUGCCAGUGUGACCAGGGAUACGUCCUCAAUGGCAAGGAUUGCAUUCAGCCCCAGAACUGUGGCUGCUACAACGAUGGAAAGUACUAUGAGCCCAAACAGCUGUUCUGGAACAGUGAUUGCACCAAGCGCUGCCAGUGCAUCAGCCGUAAUCUCAUCCAGUGUGACCCGCGCCGCUGCAAGGCCGAGGAGGAGUGCGCCCUGCGCCAUGGCGUGCGCGGCUGCUUCGCCCAGCGCUCGCAGCACUGCGUGGCGUCCGGUGGCGGUGUCUUCAGGACCUUUGACGGGGCGUCCCUCCGCCUGCCUGCCUCCUGCUCCUUCGUGCUGUCCACCAACUGCCACAAGCUACCUGACCUCUCCUUUCAGCUCAUCGCAAACUUCGACAAGUGGAGCAGGCCCAACCUCACCACCAUCUCCCAUGUGUACCUCUAUAUUAACGAGGAGAAUAUCCUGAUCUCCGGGAGCACUGUGAAGGUGAACGGCACUCCUGUGUCGUUGCCUUUUGUCACGGGCCUGAUGAUGCGCAUCUCCACAUCGGAGGGCUUCCUGGUCAUCGACACGCCGCAGGACAUCCAGGUGCGCUACAACCGCUUCAACACGCUCAGCAUCGCUAUGGGCCAGCGGUUGCAAAACAAGGUGUGCGGCCUUUGCGGCAACUUCAACGGAAACCCCACUGACGACUACAUCACCUCCCGUGGGAAGUCGGCCAUCAGCGCCCUGGAGCUGGCCCAGAGCUGGAAGACCAAUGGCAUGCAGAACGGCUGUGAUGAGAACCAGUACGUGGCUCUGGCCCAGUCGUGUGAGAACACAGCUGUGCUGGGCCUCCAGGGCGAGGAGGGGUGCCAGAAGCUCACCCAGAUGAAGGGCUUCUUCCAUCCCUGCCAUGGCCUGCUGGACCCCAGGCCCUUCUACCAGUCCUGCUACCUGGAUGGUUGCUACAACCACCACAAGGUCCAGGUGUGCGGCUCGCUGGCUGCCUACGCCGAGGCCUGCCGCUCCCUAGGCACGCUCAACACCAAGUGGAUUGCCCAGGAGAAUUGUUCAGAAUGGAUCUACGACCCUUGCGCAGGAGAGAUCUGCACCAACAACACGUGUGAGCAGGAGAACGGGGGAGACCUGUGUGGCUGCCCUGAGCUGCCCAACAACGCUGGGGGCGAGGAUGACAUAAUCCAGGCGGAGGUGACAUGUAAGCACGCCCAGAUGGAGGUGUCCAUCUCCAAGUGUAAGCUCUUCCAGCUGGGCUUCGAGCGUGAGGACGUGAGGAUCAACAACCAGUACUGCCCCGGCAUUGAGGGAGAGGACUUCAUCUCCUUUCACAUCAACAACACCAAGGGCCAUUGCGGCUCCAUUGUACAGUCCAACGGCACACACAUCAUGUACAAGAACACGGUGUGGAUCGAGAGUGUGAACAACACAGGCAACAUCAUCACCAGGGACAAGACAAUCAACGUGGAGUUUACCUGUGCCUACGAGCUAGACCUCAAGAUAUCCUUGGAGACCGUGCUCAAGCCCAUGCUCAGUGUUAUCAACCUCACCCUCCCCACCCAGGAAGGCAACUUCAUCACUAAGAUGGCGCUGUACAAGAACUCCUCGUACCGCCAGCCGUACCGCGAGGGCGAGGUGGUGCUGAGCACGCGGGACGUCAUCUUCGUGGGGGUGUUUGUGGAGGGGGCCGAUGAGGACCAGCUCAUCCUCAUCGUCAAUAUGUGCUGGGCCACGCCGUCCCGCUACAGCAACGACCACCUCCGCUACGUCCUCAUAGAGAGAGGUUGUCCCAACGUCAAGGACAACACCAUCGGCAUGGCUGAGAACGGGGUGUCCCUCACCUGUCGCUUCCACGUCACCGUCUUCAAGUUCAUCGGGGACUACAGUGAGGUCCACCUCCACUGUGACGUGUCACUGUGUGACCACGAGACCAAUACCUGCAAAGUGAACUGUCCCCACAACAGGAGAAUGUACUCAGACUACAGCGAUCACAAGGAGCAGAUCCUCACUGUAGGACCCAUCAGAAGGCGAGAGUCGGACUGGUGUGAGGUGGGUAACGGAGGCUGUGAGCAGAUCUGCACCAGUAAAGGGAUGGGAGCUAUGUGUAGCUGUGUGACUGGGAUGCUGCAGAGGGACGGCAAGAGCUGUAGAGCUGUCAGCUCCAGCGUUGACCUUCGACCCCUUGUUUUCCCACUGGCUCUUAGCACCAUGGUCUCCGUGCUCCUCACUCACACACACAAUUCCCUCUUCUCCUAACCCUGGGCGGACAGUCAGAGAGAGAGGAGGGAGAGAGAGACAGAUAAAAGAGAAGAGGAGAGCAGUAUAACAUGAAAAAACAGCAAACCAGAGGAGAGCAGACAUCUACACUUCCUACUCACUGUCACAGACUGCCACAGCAACCAAUCACAGAGCAGAGAGGCACUUCCCACCCGUUCCACUAAACAAUAACAACAACAACUCACCAGACUGGGGCACUGGAUCACAAUGGAAAAAGCCCUCCAAAAGAGUCUCUCUAUUCACGUAUACUUUAGCUAGACAGCAGAAAGUCGGUAUAUUUCAUUUAACAAACAGCUUAGUGAGUUAGUACUAGAUACAGUGUUUUGGUUUAAAAUAACUGUAUUAUUAUUUAUGUGUGAAGUCAGAGGCUGUGUAUGUGAAUUGAUUACCUGUUCCCUUCUCAGCCCCUGAUCCCCUACUCUGAAACUACAGUAUGAGUCUCAGUAACAUACCAAGUAAUGCUCUGGUGCAGUGGUUCCCACCUUUUAUAGUCCUGUACCCCUUCAAACAUUCAACCUCCGGCUGCUUACUCCCUCUAGCACCAAGGUCAGCAUACUCUCAAAUGUUGUUUUUUUGUCAUCAUUGUAAGCCUGCCACACACACACUAUACGAUACAUUUAUUAAACAUAAGAAUGAGUGUGAGUUUAUGUCACAACCCGGCUUGUGGGAAGUGAAAAAUAGUUCUUAUAGGACCAUGGCACAAAUAAUAUAAUAAAAAUCUAUAAUUUUGCUCUUUAUUUAGCCAUCUUA